AUGAAGAACAGCCAUAGUGAUUCACAGCAUUCCGAACUGCCAAACCAUGGUGUUAAAAUUAAGCCACUGAAAUUAUGUAACAACAGUGUACCUACACCCGACGAGCAUAUCCAAGACUAUCACGAUACUACAAUGCCGGAGCUUUUUAUUACUGAAAAAAUACUUGGGUUAACAAAAGAUGUGGUUAGCAAACAUGAUGCCUAUCUUGAUUGUUACAUUAGGCUCUUGAAUGGAUAUAUCAAUACUCAGAGAAAAGCUAAAACACUCGUUAAUGAAAGGACUUGCCUGAUAAAGUACGUGAAGAAGUUACGUUUUUUAGAGCGAUAUUUAUCCAGUUAUGAACCGGAUAACAGUCUAAUUGGUGACCAGUUACAGAGAUUGGUGGCCCAAUUGGCCUCCUUCUUCAUAAGGUAUUUGGAAAUAAUUGAUCUCUUGAACUACUAUUUAUCUCAAGCAUUAAAGAAAGAGAUCAUUGCCAAGACAUUGAAUACCGAUUUGGUACUUGACUCUACUUGCAUUACCAUAAUGGAUAAGACUUUUCUGCUAUAUGUGAAAUUUGUCCAAUGGUUUGUCGAAUCGUGUUCUCCUGUAGUUGAAAAUGAUCUAACUAUUGAGAUAAUCCAGUUUACCAAGAUGUGUGCAUUAGACGAACCAGACGAACAAGACUCUGACAACAUCCUAUUACAAGAGGUGGAAUUUGUUACUAGUUCUGAGGAGUUUGAAAAACACCUUGUGAAAUGGUGUGAUCUAUUGGAUCAACAAUGUAAAGAGGUGCGUGCUGCUUUUGACACUAACAUUGAGAAGUUUUUCCAAUUGACUUACAAAGUAAAGAAUUCUGCGUAA